GCAGCCUCGCCAUGCAUGCAUCAUCCGCCACUCCGUUUCAGCAGCGGCCUCCAUACGACCAUAUCCCGCCACUCCACGCAGUGACGCAGACAGUACGCUCUCGCUUUCUCCCUCCGGCCGCCCAGCCUGCCCCCUUCGGCCCUUCAACUCACCCCGAUAUUGCUUCUUCGGAUCCAUCACUCGCGCGGCCAUCUCCUCAUUAUAUAUAGCAGCUUUCACUCUGCUCCAUCUGCAACCGCCACUGAUCACCUGCCUUAAAGCAGUCUAUUUUGUCUACUCGCCGAGCUCUCUCGCUCUUCUUCUAGCUACCGCAUGCGUACCACCUGCAAGCUCUGCUACUCGAUCAGCUAGGCAGCUAGGUAGCUAGCUCCGAUCCACAUAUAUAAAAAUCAGAUCGCACAGCUACUAGCGGCAACCGACAUGUCCAGCGGCCGGAGGUCGUCACGCACGCGGCGUGCGGGGAGCAGCUCGCUGUCGUCGUCGACGUCGAGGUCCAUCUCGGAGGACCAGAUCUCCGAGCUCCUGUCCAAGCUUCAGGCGCUGCUCCCGGAGUCUCAAGCUCGCAAUGGCGGCGCACAUAGGGGGUCGGCGGCGAGGGUGCUGCAGGACACGUGCAGCUACAUCAGGAGCCUGCACCAGGAGGUGGACAACCUCAGCGAGACGCUGGCCGAGCUGCUCGCCUCCGCCGAUGUCACCAGCGACCAGGCCGCCGUCAUCAGGAGCCUGCUCAUGUGACCAACGCACCCCGGCCGGAAAAGAAGAGAGAGAGAGAGAGAGAGAGAGAGAUAGAGAGGCAAGCUUCCGGUGAGAGCGCAUGCGUGCGUGCACGGCUGUUAAUUAGAUCUCAGGCGUGCUGCAUGCCUAGCUUAAUUAUCUAUACUAUACCCGUACUUUGAUUUGCAACUGCUCAUUAGCUGCCCUGCCGCUGUCUGUCUAGUAGUACUAGUACUGUGCCCAAGGAUUAUUAGUAGCUGGUGAGCUAGCUAUAUAUGCAUGCUUAGUAGCAGCCGUAGUAGUGACUAGUGAGCAAAUUCUUGUACUUUGAUGUAAGCUUGCACUGUGUGGUCAUCGUCUCUGCUCUGCUUUGUUUGCGAUCGGUGUUUGGCUGUUAAUCCAAGCUAGCUAGCUGGAUGUGUGUGAGAGGUUUUUGCAAAUAAUGGUGGGAGAUGGAUGGAUGGAUGGAUGGGCAGACAAAGCAUCAGAGGUUCAAUAUAU